CGUCACCGUCACAACCUCACCGUCACAGCAUCACCGUCACAACAUCACCGUCACAGCAUCACCGUCACAGCAUCACCAUCACAACAUCACCGUCACAGCAUCACCGUCACAGCGUCACCGUCACAGCAUCACCGUCACAGCGUCACCGGUACAACAUCACCGUCACAGCAUCACCGGUACAUCAGUCUUCAUUCAUUGCUUUCGGUAAAGUAUCCCCGCCCCUAGUGUUUCAGCCCCCAGUGUUCCAGCCCCCAGUGUUCCAGCCCCCAGUGUUCCAGCCCCCAGUGUUUCAGCCCCCAGUGUUCCAGUCCCCAGUGUUUCAGCCCCCCAGUGUUUCAGUCCCCAAUGUUUCCCCAGUGUUUCAGCCCCCAGUGUUCCAGCCCCCAGUGUUUCAGCCCCCCAGUGUUUCAGUCCCCAGUGUUUCAGCCCCAGUGUUUCAGUCCCCAGUGUCCCAGACCACCACCAGACAGGGGGAUUAUUGCCUAAGCCUUUUCAUGAUUCCUCAACUGAGUGAAAU